UGUGUCUUAACACAGAACAAAUACGCUCACUAAAAUCUGAAUUCUAAGCUGGCUACAUAUUGAUGUUUUCUUUUCAUUCAACGUUAUAAUUAUACUUGGUGUGAAGACAUAAUAACUUAACUGGAAAACAAUAUUUAUUUGUGGAAAUAGUUAUAAAUGUAUUUCCUUAAUUUCUUCUGUUUGGAAAGAUUGUCAACGAGAAAGCCAUGUUUCAAGUGUUCAUAUUUUAUGUUCUCCUUCCAGCUUCUCUUGGAAGAUAAAAUAAUCAUGAUUAAUUCGGUCUGAUUGUUAAACACUAAAGCUUAUGGUAGCCGCGCAAUAUUGAGUGAAUCGUUUCAUAAUGCCGGUUCAGCAAAUAAACGUGAAGAACUCUUCUGAUAUCGAAAGCUGGGAAUGGGGCGGAGGAUGUGGCAGAGAAACUGUACGCGUAGGGUCUGGGAGCAGUCAGACUUCCUGCAGCAAUUCCAGCGGCGAUAUUUGUCGAAUCUGUCAUUGCGAAAGCGAAGUGCAUAACCCUUUACUAGCACCCUGCUAUUGUUCUGGAAGCCUUAAAUAUGUGCACCAGAGUUGCCUUCAACAAUGGCUAACAGCUUCUGAAACAAGAUCGUGUGAACUAUGCAAAUUCAAUUUUAUUAUGCACACAAAAAUUAAACCAUUCAGUGAGUGGCGUUUAUUAGAAAUGUCGGGAGUGGAGAGGCGUCGGCUAUGCUGUGCUGUGCUGUUUCACUGUGUGGCGGCACUCUGUGUGAUGUGGUCACUGUUCGUGCUGAUAGAGCGUGCAGUCGAAGAGGUCAAUCGGGGGCUUAUUGCGUGGCCAUUCUGGACGAAGCUAGUGGUUGUGGCGGUAGGAUUCACCGGCGGCGCGGUGUUCAUGUACAUUCAGUGCCGUCAGUACUUACAUCUGUGCAACCGCUGGAGGGCCCAUAACAGGAUACUCCUCAUCCAAAACGCCCCGGAGAAGAUUCCGAUAUCGGGCUCGCCGCCGAUGCGCUGCAAGCGUCGCGAGCGCAGCACGAGCGGCCAGGUGGAGGCUCGCAUCGAGCAGCCGCCGCCGCCAGUCGACUACAGCGUGGAAGACGAGAGCGGCGGCUUCGAGACCUACCGCGCCAACCCGCACCGUCGCCUGUCCGCGCUGGCCGACGCGCGCCUGCGCCGAGAACGCACGCCCGCCGACGCGCGUCGCUCGUCCGACACGCGCUUGGCGCCCGCGCCGCCGCCCGACGCCGCGCCGCCGCCGCUAGAGGGCGGCGUGUACCACAUCAACGUGGACCCGCUGGAGGCCGACAUCCGUUCGCUGCUGGCGCUGGAGGCGCGGCGCCAGGCUCGGGCCGCUCGCUCGCUUCCCAACCUGCGCGCCUCGUGCGAGAGCCUGCUGCCCGCGCCCGCCACGCCACUCGCGUCCGCGCCGCUCGCGUCCACGCCCCUCGCGCCCGCUCCGCCCGCGCCCGCGCCGCCACCCUCCUGA